CCGGAGACCGUCGAUUAGUAUCACCCAUGAAUACUACGGAAGUGGACAGAAUUUAGAUCCAGGUGACUUCGCGAGCACGCUUUGUUCUCGGUAAAAAAGUAUAAAACUAUAACAAAAAUGCCUCAAAAGCCAAAGAAAAAGCCACAAACACCGGCCAGCCAAGCUGAAAGUGUCACAGUGCAAAAUGCUGAGAAUCUGAUGUCAACCUUUAUUAAAUACUACAAGGGUAUUGGCUUGGUACCAGAGGAAGAGUGGAAGCAUUUCUUCACAAGUUUGUUUACAGACUUGCCAUUCACCUUCAGAAUCUGUGAAAAUCAUAGAAAGAUCAACAAUGUCCUUGAAGGAAAACCAGGAACUCUUGGGCAAGCUGAAGUGUUAAGGGAGUUUCUCAGAAAUAGUGUUUUCCCUAAGGUUGCAAAUGUAAGUGUGAACGAUGUGCCAUUUGAAGUCACCCCCUUACCAUGGUACCCGAAACAGCUAGCCUGGAAAACAAAUGUGGACCAGAAGACAUUCCAUCAGUGUCCCGAGUUGAAACCAAUUAGUAACUUUGUAGUCCAAGAAGACAAAGCUGGCUUUGUGUCGAAGCAGGAGAUUUCCAAUAUGAUCCCACCCCUGCUUGUGGACAUAAAUCCUAAUCACAAGAUUCUGGAGAUGUGUGCAGCGCCAGGUUACCAGACCACACAGAUCUUGGAACAAGUCUUAAACAGCCCUAAAAAGAUACCUGAUGGCUUCGUUGUGGCCAAUGAUAUAGAUUUUAGGAUUAACUACAGGUGGUCACAAGGAACCAAUGUUUUUUUCACACAUGAAGAUGCAAAGAAAUUUCCUGACUUGUAUACAACAGAAGAGCAUGACCAGGACAGCAAAAUCUCUUAUGACAGAAUCUUCAUUGAUGCACCAUCAAGUGAGGAUGGAUCUAUGAGAAGCAUUAAGAAGAUCAGAGGUAACUGGAAUGUCACCAAGGCUCAGAAAAACCACAAGUAUGUACACCCAGUGACUAGAUAGGGAAAUCUUAAUGUUAGGAGUGAGA